GCACGCCCUGCACUCCUCCCUCGUCACCCUUCUCUGCCCACCGAUAUGCACGCAAUACAGCAACAAUUCUGGUCUGUCCGGGAAUACCUGAGCCCUGUAUUGAGGGAGAGUAAAUUUAAGGAGCAUGGUCGGAUUACACCAGAAGAAUUUGUUGCUGCCGGUGAUUUCCUAACCUAUAAGUUCCCCGUAUGGGCCUGGGAGAAAGGCGACCCGUCGAAAGCUCGCGACUACCUCCCCGCGGACAAGCAGUACCUCGUUACGCGCGGCGUGCCCUGUCUGCGGCGCGCCACCUCCCUCGUCUACACCGACGCGGAUGAGGAAGCCGAGCGCAUGCUCUCCUUCGGCGACGAGGGCAAGGAAGACGAGUGGGUCGAGACGCACGCGGGGCGGCCGGCCCUGAGCGAGAGCGCGGCGAACCCGGGCGUGAUCGAUGAUAUCCCGGACGACGACGCGGCGGGCGGGGUAACCGGCGGGAUAGCGAGCAUGAGCCUCGGGGGAAAGGGCGCGGAGGAGACGCCGGAUUUGGACGAGAUUCCGGAUAUGGAGGAGGACGAUCUCGAGGCGGGGGAUGAGGCGACCGCGGCGCCGAACACGGCGCAGGCCACGGGCACUGGCGUAAUUGAUUCCAGCCAAGUGGAAGUGGCCAAGGGUAACCUCCUGCAAGUGCGGACGUACGACGUGAUGAUCACGUACGACAAGUACUACCAGACGCCGCGCAUCUGGCUGCUGGGCUACGACGAGAACCGCACGCCGUUGACGCCGUCGCAGAUAUUUCAGGACGUCUCCGCGGACCACGCGUUCAAGACGGUCACGAUCGAGCCGUUCCCGCAUUCCGCGUCGCUGCAGGCGGCGUCCGUGCACCCGUGCAAGCACGCGAACGUGAUGAAGAAGGUCAUCGAGCGGAUGAACUCGACGGUCGUCGCGGACCAGCUGCGCCAGUCCUCAGGACCGGUCACGCCUGGGACGAAGGAGAAGAAGAAGGGCUGGUUUGGCAGGAAGAGCGCGGGUGGUAAGGAGACACCGCAGACGCCCGGAGAGGAGGACGAUGUCGAGGGCAUGCGUGUCGACUUUUACCUUGUCGUCUUCCUCAAGUUCAUCGCAUCAAUCGUGCCUACUAUUGAGGUUGACUCUACGACGGCCAUGUAGAGGCUCCUUUGGGAUCUCUGCGUUCUUGGGGAAAAUUGGCUGUAUAGACUCGAGGGACGGAAUAUGGGUGAUACCCUGGUCUGAUAUAUUGUUGCGAGCUUUCUGUUCUGUUCACGAACACAUGUACGAGAGGGAUAACGAAGUCGAAGUACUACAUCAUGUAAAUCAUCUGCUAUACAUAACACAUUGGAAUUCUGUGACUUGCUACUUCUCGUGAAUAGUCUCUUAUCGUACGCAAGCGACACUCUGCCGUUGGGCUAAACCUUGUUACCUUUGGCUUGCAAGCGCUGCAUGAGAUCACUGAUCUUCCACACAUCACCGAAGCCAAACUCGAUGUUCUCCAGAGUUGCGCGAUGAUGCUUCGCACUUGCAGCAGCGCAUCCAUCGUCCAAGACCACCACCUCAAAGUCUCGGCAGAACGCCUCGCGGGCGGUGGUCUCGCAGCAUAGGUUGGUGAGUGUCCCGGUGAUGACGACAGUGGUGACACCCCUCGCUCGAAGACGCUCCUCCAGGGCGGUAUUCAGGAAAGCGUCGUACUGGCUCUUAUCCUCGAGUCGCUCGUCGUGAGCUGCUAGCUUGUCAAGUUCGGGCAUAAGCUUCCAAUCGUCCGAAUAGCGCAGGAUGGACCCGUUUCCUGGGGGGCCCCAGCGUCGCACAAGAGAUCCCUUGUCGUCGGGAAGGUGUCCGUGCUGGGUAAAGAUGACUGGUAGGUUCCGCUCACGGUACAGCUCGAUCAGCGGUAUUAGGCGUUUCACGAUGUGUCCCGCGAUACUGAAGAAGUGGUU